AAGAUGAUCCUUUGUUAUAUUUCUAAUCUCUGCCCGAAAACAAUUUCAAACUUCUACUAACCCUAGCAUUUGUCUGCUACCCACCAGCAACUAAAACCCUCCAUUUCUGCAACCAAAACCCUCUCCAUUGCAGCAAUAAUGUCAGCUCAACUUCCACAAGAAAUAACCAUCCAAAUCCUAAUUCGACUACCCAUUCCCUCCAUCGUACAAUGCAUGUGCGUCUGCAAGAACUGGUGUUCUCUAAUCACCAGUCCCAACUUCAUCUCCACACGCCUCUAUUUCACCCUUUCAAACCCUAACCCGCCUCUCUUCAUCAGACACUACACUGAAUCCCCCAAAACUGAACAUUUUUCUCUUCAACGUCACACUCCGUCUUUCCAAAAAUACCAAACUCUCCCUUCCCCAUUUCACCCCAGUAAAAAAUUGUAUCACCGCAUUGUGGGUUCUGUCCAUGGCUUACUCUGUCUCUCUGACGAUAUUUUUGGCUACACUUACAAGGUUCGUAUCUGGAACCCUUUGGUUAAGCGUUAUCUUGAGUUGCCAAAGCCAAAUGUCACUUUUAGCCAAGUGGGUCCUUACAUGUUUGUUCUGGGUUUCGGGUUUGAUUCGAAAAGUAAUGAUUUUAAGGUUGUGAGAAUGGUUUACGUACAAUGUGAUGAUGGAGAUGAAAUCCCACCAAUUGUUGAAGUUUUCGCAGUGAAAGAACGUGUUUGGAGAAAAGUUGGUGCUAAGAAUGUGAAAUCUUGCUGUGUUGAGCGUGUUUGGUCUCAGUGUUUCUUGAAUGGGUUCAUUCAUUGGCUUUCAUAUGAUAAAACUGUUGAAGAGGUUGAAGAUGGGAGGAGGGUUAUUAUUGGGAAUUUGAUUCUGUUGUUUAAUGUGAGUGAUGAGAGUUUCAGUACAAUGGAGUUGCCAGAUGACUUGGCAAAAGUGAAUCCGUUAACUAUGUUUGUUUCGGUUAUAAAGGGUUCACUUUCUGUACUUAAGUAUGCUUAUGCUGGAGAAAGAAAAGAUGGGACUGUUGAGAAUUGUGAAAUAUGGGUUCAAAAAGAGUAUGGCGUGAAGGAUUCUUGGAGUAAGAUGUAUAAAGUUGAAGCAGAAAAAGGUUUUGAAUUGGUUUUGGGAUUGAGGGAAAAUGGAGAAUUUUUGUUGGCAAAGAAUACUUAUAAGACUGAGGAGGAAGGGGAGUUGGUUUCUUAUGAUGAUAAGAGUAAACGGGUUAAUGGCCUUGGACUGUAUGGUUUUUCUGAUGCUUUUUAUGCAGGUGCUUAUACGGAGAGUCUACAUUUGCUUGAGAAAGAUAGUGGUGCAGUUUCUUAUGAAGACCCCGUGGAGACCAAUGCUACUGAGAGGUCUGCGAAUUCUGAACCACAACAGUCAUCUGGAACUGGCCUCUCAUUUAUUGAAUUACUCGUUCGUUCACUUGGAUUAAAUGGGGAAGAGGGUAAUCGGCUCGCAAAAGAUGAACUGAACAAAUUCAAAUAUCUGAGUUACAGUCAUCAAAUGGAGAAGUUUCGGCAUUAAUCUUUGCAAGUUGUGAAGGCGGAAUUAGAUUCUGGAGACCUGUGAUGCUGUCUUUUGGAGAGUGGUAGAGAGGGAAAUUAACUUAUUUUGAUAAUUAAGAGACUUUAGAAAAAUAGUAUAAAGAAGUUGUAAUUAUUCAACAAGCAUGAGCGGAACUCGGAACUCGGAAAUCAGAACUCAAAACUCGAACUCUGUUCCUUGUUAAUAGCAACAUUGGUGAUUAUGCAGUAGCUGUAGAUAACCUUAUUGA